UCUCUUUCUCUUUCUCGCUCACUCGCUCGCUCUCCGUUCCUGUUUUGUUUGUUCCCUUCCCCGUUUCGUUUCGUUUCGUUGUGUUCCUGUUCUGGUGUAGUGGGCAAGCACAACCUGCCUGCCUACCUGCCUUUCCUUCUGACGACCCAUCCUUCAUUCUGCGCUGCCACGAUUACGUUGCUGAUUCCGCAUCUCCCGACCAAGUAGUUUAUGUCCUUGUCUCCAACUUUCUCUGUGGGCCUUCCUUCGUUUUAAAACAAAAAUAAACACCAAUUUGUUGUUGUGCUGUGGCGGGUCAAUCGGCGUCGCGUGGCUGGCCUUGGGGGUUGUGGGGACGUUGUGGCGGGAAAAAUGUCGUCUCCUUCCAGAGUGGGCACAGUGCUAAUGUGACAAGUUUUGGUUUGCAUGCCUACAGUGUUGGAUGUGAGUAAGUGUGUGUGUGCGUGGAGGCGGUCUCCGCUUAAGUCGCCUGAUUUUGUGGUUUGUAGCGUUGGCAUUCGUUACGCUGAGAUCAUGUGAGGCAAGUUUACGUGGUGGAGUUUGGAGAGUUGGUUGCUGCGAGGAAUUGGCUUUCCUACGAGGUUGUUUGUUUGUUUGUAUAGAGACGAGACACCAUGGUGGUUGGCGGGAAUCAGUCGGGUAAAGGCGCCAAAGGGCUGCUCAUGGGUAAAGCAGCAGCAGCUGCUGUUGUAGACGACAAGCUCAAGGAUAAGAAGAAGCCUACUUCUCGAUCAUCCCGGGCCGGUCUUCAGUUUCCAGUCGGACGUAUUCACCGGCUGCUUAAGUCAAGGGUGGCCGCAAAUGGAAGAGUGGGUGCAACUGCCGCUGUUUACUCAGCAGCCAUCCUAGAAUACCUUACCGCCGAGGUAUUGGAGUUGGCGGGAAACGCUAGUAAGGAUUUGAAGGUGAAACGUAUCACUCCUCGUCAUUUACAACUUGCCAUCCGGGGUGACGAGGAACUAGACACUCUUAUCAAAGGAACUAUUGCUGGAGGAGGUGUCAUUCCCCACAUUCACAAGUCCCUAAUCAACAAAACGUCGAAGAAGGACUGAAAGGGUUGUACCCGCCGUACCAUAGCUCAGGAAGGAUUUGUCCAGCGGUAUCAAUAUUCCAUCAUUUCGAAGAGGGAAUUGAAUUUUAUGGAUACAUGAAGACGGUUCCUCUUCUUCGGCAUUCUUGACGAAGUUGCGGGCUGUCGAUGUGUGGGAUUUCUGAUUUUUUAGUUAAUGCCUUGUGUAUAUGAGACGAUGGGAUGCGUACAGGGUUAGCCCUCUGUGUGCUGGACAUUAGCUUUCUCGGUGUGUCUCUAACGUUACAGAUUUUUUUCAUUUGUACUUCACUGUACCCAAUUCUUGUGUACUUCAGCUUUCAACGGCCUUAAACGCUCCAAUUGUCAGUUCUUUGCGCUUGAGCGUAUAUGUUUGAGUGUA